AUGGCAACAAAUUUCAUGGAUGAAGAAAUUCCUAUUGUAGUUUCACGCCAGGAUUUCCCUCCUAACUUUGUGUUUGGUGUUUCAACUUCUGCUUAUCAGAGAGUCCAACCCCAGAUCUCUAAUGGACUUGGAGAUCGUCUUCCAAGAUUCACAGAUGAAGAUAGAGAAUUGUUAAGCUACUCGAUAGACUUUCUGGGUAUUAAUCAGUAUACAUCAAGGUUCAUUGCUCAUGCAGCAACAAGCCCUGACCCUGGGCAUUUUAUAAAAGAUCAACAAAUCGAAAGAAUUGUUAAAUAUCCAGGGGGUGAGGCUAUUGGUGAUAAGGCUGCAUCCGAUUGGCUUUACAUAGUUGCUUGGGGGUUGCGUAAUCUACUGAAUUAUGUUGCAGAGAAAUAUCAGAACCCCAAGAUAUACAUUACUGAGAAUGGAAUGGAUGACGAAGAAGAUCCAGAAACUCUUCUCCAUAAGAUGCUGGAUGAUAAAAAGAGAGUUGGGUACUACAAGGCGUACAUUGCUGCAUUAGCCCAAGCAAUCAAGGAUGGUGCCGAUGUGAGGGGGUACUUCGCAUGGUCUUUCAUGGACAACUUUGAAUGGUCUGAAGGCUACACCAAGCGUUUUGGUAUUGUUUAUGUCGAUUACAAGAAUGGACUCUGCCGGUACCCCAAAUCAUCUGCCCUCUGGUUUUCUCGUUUUCUUUCAGGCGAUGAAGGAAUGACUAUUAUGACGGAGGACUGAUUUCCUCUACAUUAGUCAUUAGCAUUACUGAGAAUUCCUAGGCACUUAAAUAAACGACGAGACAUGGCGUGGAGCUUCCAUCGCUAUGUCAAUAUCAUUCUGCCCUUUACUGGGUAGCGACUAGAGAGAUAAUAAUUUUACCAUUUGUGUGGACUGUGAAUUAGUCAUUGUCAUGUGUGCUUGUGUGAGUUAUCUGUGUGUGCUUGCGUGAGUUGCUUGUGUGGUUUGUCAAGUAUAAAUGGUCUUUCUCCUUACCAUUAUUCUGUAUUGAUUUCUCUUUAUUUCUUUUGACCGGCUAUUUUGCCCGGCUAAAUUGAGGUCUAUGUCAUUUAA